AUGCUACUGUUGGCUGUAAAAUACCAAAGAUUCAAGAAUGCUAAUGAAGUAAAGAAUGCUGCCAGUGAGAAAGCGGCAAAGAGAUCCAAGAACAAAGUUUCAUAUAAAAGGUCUUAUUCAAUUUAUUUUAUCACAGAUGACGAUAACAUUACCGUAAUCUUGGAAAAUGUUAGAAAAACCACAGAAAUAUUACUAGAAAUCAAAGAAUGGAUAAAAGAUAACACCACAUAUAGGCAUUAUCAAAAAGAAGUCACAAUUAAUGAAUGGAAAGAUCAUUUUGACACUUAUAAAAAUAUGGAUUACCCACAAGUUAUGUCCAUUAAUGUGGAAAAUGAAUGUAAAUGA